UCCCUAUUUCAAGCCACCCACUCUUUCUUCAUAAAUUCCCUCCACCCCCCUUAUUCUGUUUUCCCCUUUCAUUUACUCUUCUAUCUCCUCCACAAAAUUCUUCCUUUUCCCCUCAAAAUUUCAAUUUUUUCAACAUGUUUUUAUCUAUUUUUCUUUGAUUUCAUCAUUUUUAGGUGUCUUUUUGCUAUACUUUUAAACCCUUUUUUCCUCUAUUUUUUUCUUGAGUGUUUGUUCAACUUUCUUGAGUAGUUCUUGAAAGUUCAAAGACUAGAACUUUACUUUGUUUCUUCAGUUUUGUUCUUGGGUAAUCUUAUAAUUAGUCCUAUAUAUCCACAUACUCAUACAGAAUUGUAAUCUUUUUGUGUUCUUGAAGUUUUUGGUAUUGGAUUAGUAGUAAAAUGAGUGGUGAAGGGGAUAAUUCUGUUGUGGGAGAUGGGGUUUUGAUGGGCUCAAACUCAAAGGAUGUCAGCAAAGAUUAUAUGAGGGCAGAUAAGAUUGAUUUCAAGAGUUGGGAUCUUCAGUUAGAGAAGCACUUGAGUAGGGUUUGGUCCAGAGACAGAGAAGUAGGGGGAGGAGGAGUGCCUACAAAGAAGGAGGAAUGGGAAAUUGAUUUGGCUAAGUUGGAUAUAAGGAAUGUUAUUGCUCAUGGUACUUAUGGUACUGUAUAUAAAGGUUCUUAUGAUGGUCAGGAUGUUGCAGUGAAGGUACUGGACUGGGGGGAGGAUGGUCUUGCCACAGCUGCUGAAACUGCUGCUCUUCGGUCAUCAUUUCAGCAGGAGGUUGCCGUCUGGCAUAAACUUGAUCAUCCGAAUGUCACAAAGUUCAUUGGUGCUUCAAUGGGAACAUCAAAUCUUAAGAUUCCUUCCAAGAACACUUCAAGUGAUGUACAUAACUCCCCUCCUUCUAGAGCUUGCUGUGUUGUGGUUGAGUACUUAACAGGAGGAACACUGAAGAAAUACUUAAUCAGGAACGCAAGAAAGAAACUUGCAUUCAAGAUUGUUGUUCAACUCGCUUUGGACCUCUCAAGAGGUUUAAAUUAUCUCCACUCCAAGAAGAUUGUGCAUCGUGAUGUUAAAACAGAAAAUAUGCUGCUAGAUAUCAAUAGAACCCUGAAGAUUGCUGAUUUUGGUGUUGCUCGGGUUGAAGCACAGAAUCCUAGAGAUAUGACUGGGGAAACCGGUACACUUGGUUACAUGGCCCCUGAGGUCCUUGAUGGAAAGCCUUACAACAGAAAAUGUGAUGUCUACAGUUUUGGCAUAUGCUUAUGGGAAAUUUACUGCUGUGACAUGCCAUACCCAGAUCUUAGCUUUGCUGAAGUAUCUUCUGCAGUCGUUCGCCAGAAUUUGCGACCAGACGUGCCAAGAUGUUGUCCUAGCCCAUUUGCAAGCAUCAUGCGGAAAUGUUGGGAUGCAAACCCAGAAAAACGUCCGGAAAUGGAUGAGGUUGUGAGGUUGUUAGAAACAAUAGAUACGAGCAAGGGAGGUGGCAUGAUACCUGAGGAUCAAGCCCGUGGUUGCUUCUGUUUCACAGCAGGUCGUGGCCCGUAAUGAUCCAAUCUUUACUCCUACAUUACGGCUUGUUGUGUCAAAGUAUCUUCUGUCUGAGUUCAUUGCUAGCCUGUAAUGGUACGUGAAAUGUUUUGUACUUUAGGAGAACAUUAGUGGAUAAAACACUUCAUUUUCUCUUAAAUCUAUAUAUCGGUAAAUAAGUUUUACCUUUGCCUAAUUGAUGACAUUUUAUAGUAAAAUUAAAAUCUCCUGUUAUUGAUAGA